AAAGUGGACCCGGCCGUGCCUUACAUUUUCCUCCCCGACCUCCGUACCAAACACAGCCAGCCGCUCCAAAUCGCCGAAGCAACUGAUAGGAGAGAGGAAGUGGGGGAGAGAUCUUCGUCUUCACCACUCGCGCGCGCAAGCUCGCUCGCUCCAGAUCUCCCCCUUCCAUCGUAGAUCCCACGACCGCAAGCCGCCGCGUCCCCGACGAAACCCUAGCUCGCGCCCCUCCGCCGCGUAGGGGCGCCGCCAUGGGCAUCGUGUUCACGCGGCUCUUCUCGUCAGUAUUCGGAAACCGCGAGGCUCGCAUCCUCGUCCUCGGCCUUGACAAUGCCGGCAAGACUACUAUCCUCUAUCGGCUGCAGAUGGGGGAGGUCGUCUCCACGAUCCCAACAAUCGGCUUCAACGUGGAGACGGUGCAGUACAAUAACAUCAAGUUCCAAGUUUGGGAUCUCGGUGGUCAAACAAGCAUAAGGCCGUACUGGAGAUGCUACUUUCCAAACACUCAGGCUAUCAUAUAUGUUGUUGAUUCAAGUGAUACUGAUAGGCUGGUAACUGCAAAAGAAGAAUUUCAUUCUAUCCUUGAGGAGGAUGAGCUGAAAGGUGCGGUUGUCCUUGUAUAUGCAAAUAAACAGGACCUUCCAGGUGCACUUGAUGAUGCUGCCAUAACUGAAUCAUUAGAACUUCACAAGAUUAAGAGCCGCCAAUGGGCAAUUUUCAAAACAUCUGCUAUAAAAGGGGAGGGCCUUUUUGAAGGCUUGAAUUGGCUCAGUAACGCACUCAAGUCCGGAAGCAGCUAAUGCAGGCUCCAUUCCGCGAAUCAUUGCUUGAUGGUAAGGAACAGGGACGAUGACAUCCUUCUCACUAGUCUGCGUGAAAAUCACAUUCUCUUUAUUUAACUCGGAAGUUAUACACAAUCAGUUAUCUGUAGAGUGCUUGUUGAAGUUUCCAGAUACAACACCAGGUGUACCCAUAUCGGGAGCAAGAAUAUAUUUGUAGAACAUACUGAGCAGACUUAUGGUUUGAAAUCUAUGGCUUCACCGCGUAAA